AUGGACGCCUUCCUGCAGAAGCUCGCCAGCAGCAUGCUGUUCACCUCGGCCAAGUCGGCCCCCGCUGAGGCCACCAAGCAGCAGAAGCCGGUGCUGCUCGCCCCCGGCAGCCCUCGCUCGUACCCGGCCCGCCCCAGCGCGCACUCGCGCGUGCAGGCCGAGGAACCCCGCGGGCUGCCGCGCCGCCGCAUCGCCCACUGGGACAAGAAGCGCGAGAAGUGCGCCAACUGCCAGCACAUCUACCUCAAGACUUUGAGCAAGCACCCGGGCUUCUGCUCGGUGGACUGCAAGUCCAACAUGGUGUACCUCGAGAAGGUCAACCGCACCAUCCGCGCCAUGAAGGACGCGAUUGUCGAGGCCGAGAGCAAGACGUUCGCCGAGUUCGGCCUCGAGUCCCGUAUUCUUGAGGCCAGCAACGUCGAGUGGGCCUUCAGCGCUAUGUAUUAA